GAGGGCAGAGGAGGACCUGCGCGAGGCGGUUCCUUCGGCAGCGGAGGAGGCAAUGGCUUUGGGGGUCCGGGGGCUGCGCCUCUGGCGGGCCGCCCCUGCUGGCGGGGCUGGCUGGAGAUUGAUAGCAACAUCGCCAGCUUCGCACCUCUCACCGAGAGAACUGAUAGAAAUGCAGAAUGACCUCUUUAAUAAAGAGAAAAACAGGCAGUUAUCAUUAACUCCUCGAACUGAGAAGAUUGAAGUUAAACACGUUGGGAAAACGGACCCUGGCACUAUCUUCGUGAUGAAUAAAAACAUUUCAACUCCUUAUAGUUGUGCUAUGCAUUUAAGUGAGUGGUACUGCAGGAAGUCCAUUCUGGCUCUUGUGGACGGACAGCCUUGGGACAUGUAUAAACCUUUGACCAAAUCCUGUGAAAUUGAAUUUCUUACUUUCAAAGAUCGUGAUCCUGGAGAAGUGAAUAAGGCUUAUUGGCGUUCCUGUGCCAUGAUGAUGGGCUGUGUGAUAGAGAGGGCAUUCAAAGAUGAAUAUGUGGUCAGUUUGGUCAGAGCUCCAGAAGUUCCUGUAAUCUCUGGAGCCUUCUGCUAUGAUGUAGUUCUGGAUAAGAGACUUGAUGAGUGGAUGCCAACAAAAGAGAACCUGCGUUCCUUCACAAAAGAUGCCCGUGCUUUAAUUUAUAAAGAUCUUCCAUUUGAAACUCUGGAAGUGGAAGCAAAAGUGGCAUUGGAAAUAUUUCAGCACAACAAGUACAAAACGGAUUUCAUAGAAGAGAAGGCAUCUCAGAACCCUGAGAGGAUAGUCAAGCUGCACAGAUUUGGUGACUUCAUUGAUGUGAGUGAGGGUCCUCUUAUUCCAAGAACAAGUAUUUGUUUCCAGUAUGAAGUAUCAGCAGUUCACAAUCUUCAAGCCACGCAGUUGAGUCUUGUACGAAGAUUCCAGGGUCUGUCUUUACCGGUACACUUAAGAGCACAUUUUACUAUAUGGAAUAAGCUAUUGGAGAGAUCUCGGAAAAUGGUAACUGAAGAUCAAACUAAACCUACAGAGGAAAGUGCAUCGACCCAGUAAUUUCCUAAAAAUUAAAUAUAUAUAGUAAAUUAAAAUAAAAGUUUUCUACAAAA